AUGGCUGACCACCAGUCCCACGGCGAGACUUUCAUGUCGAGUACGUCGCAGUCACAUCAAACACAUUUCAGCUCUUCCACCCAAUCGGGGUCAGGAACCCAGACUCCUCCCCACGGCGUCACGCGAACUACUUCUGGUCGUCCGACCUACUUCCCAGAUGGUCAUGCUCACGGCACCCACGGAGUCUUCUCAUCACACUCCUACACGCAUGAAUCGUCGACCGCACAUGAAACAUCAACCGGCGCAGGCUUGUUUUCCUCCACCGAUGGCACUGAAUCCCAGCACAGGCAAGAGGAAGUCGUGCCGCUCGAGAAAGUCAACACAUCGAGCUCCUCAGAUUCUUCAGACACGCGGUUAGGAUCUAAUGGACAAGCCCCGAAAGUCAAGCGAACCGGCACUUCAUCCUCUUACGAAGAUGCAGCCCCAGCCACUCUUCAACGCCGAGUCACACGGGCUGAGAUCGACGACGACGGCAGGCAGGAGUUGGCGCGCAUCUUCACCUCACAGUCAAAAGUGACUCAGCAGAUGAGCAUUGCGCAGCCAAACGAUCCCCGUGUGGACCCCUCCAACGAGGCUUUUGAUCUCAGCAGGUUUUUGAACAUGUUCCGGAAUCAGCUGGAGGGCGAGGGCAUCGAAAUGAAGAAGGUCAAUGUUGUGUACAAGAACCUGGACGUCUUUGGUUCGGGCAAGGCUCUGCAGCUUCAGAGCACUGUUUCAGACAUGUUCAUGGCACCCUUCCGAGCUAAGGAAUUCUUUGGCAAGUCGGAACGCAAGCAGAUUCUCCACAGCUUCGACGGUAUCAUACGAGCUGGCGAGCUGUGUGUUGUCCUUGGUCGUCCCGGCUCUGGUUGCUCCACACUUCUCAAGGCUCUCACUGGAGAGCUUCAUGGUUUGGACACGGAUGACUCGGUCAUCCACUACAACGGCAUUCCCCAGGAGCGUAUGCGCAAGGAGUUCAAGGGAGAGACAGUGUACAACCAGGAAGUCGACAAGCACUUUCCUCAUCUGACUGUAGGUCAGACACUGGAAUUUGCCGCGGCUGUCAGAACACCAUCGAACCGACCCGGCGGAGCGAACCGCGAUGAGUUCGCCCAGUUCAUGGCAAAGGUCGUCAUGGCCGUACUUGGGCUGAGUCACACCUACAACACCAAGGUCGGAAACGAUUUCGUUCGUGGUGUGUCAGGUGGAGAGAGGAAGCGAGUCUCCGUAGCUGAGAUGCUACUCGCCGGCGCUCCAUUUGCGGCAUGGGAUAACUCGACACGAGGAUUGGAUUCAGCCACUGCGUUGAAGUUCGUCAAGGCUCUGAGGGUCGGUUCCGACUUGGCUGGAGGUGCUGCUGCGGUGGCUAUCUACCAGGCUAGUCAAAGCGUGUACGACUGCUUUGACAAAGCUGCUGUCCUCUACGAAGGUCGCCAGAUCUACUUCGGACCCGCCAAUGAGGCCAAGGACUUCUUUGAGCGUCAAGGAUGGUACUGCCCCCCUCGUCAAACCGCUGGAGACUUCCUCACAGCCGUUACCAACCCACAAGAAAGGCAAGCCAAAGAGGGCAUGGAGAACAAGGUGCCUCGCACACCGGAAGACUUUGAGAAGUACUGGCGCGAGUCCCCUGAGUACCAGGCGCUUCUUGAGGAGAUCAAGGACUUCGAAGCAGAGAACCCAGUCAACGAGCACGGCACUCUCGAGCAACUACGCCAACAGAAGAACUACAUCCAGGCUAAACACGCUCGUCCCAAGUCACCUUACCUCAUCAGCGUCCCGAUGCAGAUCAAGCUCAACACUCGACGAGCGUACCAACGCAUCUGGGGCGAUAUCGCCUCUACAGCAACACAAGCUGGUCUCAAUGUCGUCAUCGCUCUUAUCGUCGGUUCCAUUUACUUCGGUCACUCUACAGGCUCCAGCUCGUUCCAAGGUCGCGGAGCUGUCAUCUUCCUGGCCAUUCUCUUCAACGCUCUUACUUCCAUCGGUGAAAUCGCAGGUCUAUACGCCCAGCGGCCUAUCGUCGAGAAGCACAACUCCUACGCCUUUUACCACCCGUCUACCGAAGCUAUAGCUGGUAUUGUUGCCGAUAUACCUGUCAAGUUCAUUCAGGCAGUCGUCUUCAACAUCAUUCUGUACUUCCUGGCCCAACUGCGGUACACUGCAGGACAGUUCUUCUUGUUCUUCGUGGUUACUUACAUGGCAACCUUCGUCAUGGCAGCUAUCUUCCGAACGACUGCUGCUGUUACCAAGACCGCAUCGCAAGCCAUGGCAGGCGCUGGUGUCUUGGUCCUCAUUCUGGUCAUCUACACUGGUUUCGUCAUCCGCAUCCCCGAAAUGCCUGACUGGUUCGGCUGGAUUCGCUGGAUCAAUCCAAUCUUCUACGCAUUCGAGAUCUUGCUUGCGAACGAGUUCCACGGGGUCGACUUUCCCUGCGAUGCCUUCAUCCCGUCAGGACCUGGAUACGCACAAACUGGCGACUCAUUCAUUUGCAACACACAGGGUGCAGUCGCCGGACAGACGUUCAUCAACGGUGACAGCUACAUCGAAGUCUCAUACUCCUAUUCUUGGAGCCAUGUGUGGCGCAACUUUGGUAUCCUCUGGGCUUUCCUGAUCUUCUUCAUGGUCACCUACUUCGUCGCUGUUGAGGUCAACUCUUCCACAUCCAACACUGCCGAGCAACUCGUCUUCCGUCGUGGACAUGUUCCCGCAUACAUGCAGCCUGGUGGCAAGGGUUCCGAUGAGGAGUCUGGAGAGACGCAGACAGGAGAGCAUGAAGGUGCUGGUGAUGUUAGCGCUAUUGAGGAGCAAAAGGGUGUCUUCACGUGGCGCGACGUUGUCUACGACAUUGAGAUUAAGGGCGAGCCGCGUCGUCUGCUCGACCAUGUCUCUGGUUUUGUCAAGCCUGGUUCGAUGACUGCACUUAUGGGUGUCUCGGGAGCUGGCAAGACCACGCUCCUGGAUGCUCUGGCUCAGCGGACCACAAUGGGAGUCAUCACUGGAGACAUGUUUGUCAAUGGCAAGCCUCUUGACCCUGCCUUCCAACGCUCAACCGGUUACGUGCAGCAACAGGAUCUUCAUCUCGAGACUUCGACCGUCCGUGAAGCGCUACAAUUCUCUGCCAUGCUACGCCAACCAAAGAGUGUUAGCAAGAAGGAAAAGCACGAAUACGUCGAAGAGGUCAUCAAGAUGUUGAACAUGUCCGACUUCGCCGAAGCUGUUGUCGGUGUGCCUGGCGAGGGCUUGAACGUCGAACAGCGCAAGCUUCUGACAAUUGGUGUUGAGCUUGCCGCGAAGCCCAAGCUGUUGCUCUUCCUUGAUGAACCUACCUCCGGUCUUGAUUCACAGAGUUCCUGGUCCAUCAUCGCCUUCCUCCGCAAGCUCAGCUCGGCUGGCCAAGCCAUCCUCUGCACCAUCCAUCAGCCCAGCGCCAUCCUCUUCCAAGAGUUCGACCGUCUCCUCUUCCUUGCCCGCGGUGGUAAGACCGUCUACUUCGGCGAGCUCGGCGAGAACUCUCAAACACUCCUCGACUACUUCCAGAACAAUGGUGCACGCAAGUGCGGUGAAGACGAGAACCCAGCUGAAUACAUGCUGGAGAUUGUCAACGCCGGCAAGAACGAUAACGGUCAGGACUGGUACGAGGUGUGGAGAGAAAGCGAAGAAGCCAAGGGCGUCCAAAGGGAUAUCGACCAACUCCACGAGGCCAAGAAGAGCGAGGAACUCAACAUUGCAGCAGAAACCGGUGGCGGCGAGUUCGCCAUGCCAUUGACCACGCAGAUCGUCGAAUGCACAUACCGAGCCUUCCAGCAAUACUGGCGCAUGCCCGGCUACGUCAUGGCUAAAUUCGGUCUCUGUGCCAUCGCGGGUCUCUUCAUCGGUUUCUCUUUCUACAAGGCCAACACGAGUUUAGCAGGCAUGCAGACGAUCAUCUUCUCGGUUUUCAUGCUUACUACCAUCUUCUCGUCGCUUGUGCAGCAGAUCCAACCCCUCUUCGUCACCCAACGCUCUCUCUACGAGUCUCGCGAGAGGCCGUCCAAGGCAUACAGCUGGAUCGCCUUCAUGAUCGCCAACAUCGUUGUGGAGAUACCCUACGGCAUCAUCGCCGGUGUCUUCAUGUUUGUGACAUUCUACUACCCCGUGGUUGGUGUGAGCCAAUCCAGCGAACGCCAGGGCUUGGUCCUGUUGUUCUGCAUGCAACUCCUCAUCUACACAUCCACUUUCGCCGACAUGACCAUCGCAGCGCUACCCGACGCCGAGACAGCGUCUGGCCUCGUUUCUCUCCUUACUCUCAUGAGCAUCCUGUUCAACGGUGUCCUGCAGCCUCCGGACCAACUCCCCGGCUUCUGGCUCUUCAUGUACCGCUGCAGUCCCUUCACAUACUGGAUCGGCGGCAUGGUCUCCACCAUGCUCUCCGGCCGCCAAGUCGUCUGCAGCGAACGCGAAGUCUCCGUUUUCGACCCCCCAGCCGGCCAAACAUGCGGUGCCUACCUCGCCGACUACGCCGCUGUCGCCGGCGGCACUAUCCAGAACCCAGACGCGACUGCUGCCUGCAACUACUGUUCCCUCACCAACGCAGACCAGUUCCUGGCUGGUUCUUCGAUUUACUACGGCGAAAGAUGGAGGAACUUCGGCAUCAUCUUUGCUUUCAUCGGGUUCAACGCCGGUAUUGCUAUUCUCACUUACUACCUCUUCCGCGUUGCCAAGCUUAGCUCGUUUAAGAGCUUCUUCCAUAAGAACAAGAAGGGCGCGAAGGCCAAGGGUACAGCGGAUAAGGCACAGGAGGGUGCUGAGAAGGCGGCACAGCAGGGUGGACACCCUGGUGAGAGGAGUGGGGAGAAGGACGCUGGUACUGCUUAA